UUCAGGCUGCAGGUGGAGCGGCAGAGGAGGCAGCUGGAGGCGCUGCUGCAGCCGCGGGUCAAACUGGAGCGAAGAGAUGUGGACGCCAGCGAUGUGGUUGUUAUAAAUGAAGAGGAAGAUGAGGAGGAGGAGGAAGAGCAGCACACACAGCAGCCAGAUGUGGAAGACAGUGGGAGUCUCGGCCUCCUCUGGUACGACGGUGACGAUGAUGAUGAUGACGGGGGUGAAGAUGAAGAGGAGCACAUGAAACCAACGACAAGCUCCAGAAAGAAACGAGAAGAUGUGCAAGACCCAGAUUAUCAAAUACCAUCAAGUUCGUGUUCACCCAGAGUUCAGUCUGGCAGGAGGAAGCCUGGCCGACCUCGAAUCAUCGAUACACAGAACCACGUGGAUCUCAAGAUCCGCAUCCUGGAGGACUCGAACACAGACGUGCUCACGACCAACGUGUUUCAGAAAAGUCCGCUGCAGCAGCUGCAGUGUCCUCGUGGUCUCCAGGAGACGGACUUUCUGCACCUGCUCAGGUCCACCUUCCCUCAGCUGGCGGCCGAUCAACCGUUUGACGUCUUCACGACCGACAGGAGCAGGAGGCUGCAGCGUCUGAAAGUCAGGACGCUGACACCUGAGGAGAUCCACCGGAGCAUCAGGUCGACCGGAGCAGGAAACUCCGCCCUCUACAUCCGUCCGAAGAGCGGAGACGAUCGUCAGACCAGCAGUGGAGAUCUUCAUCCUCUACAGAGAAAAGACGCCGCCAGAGACUCUGCGUCCAGCUCUGUGAUGCCGGCGGGCGAUCAAACCAAAAUGUACGAGAGCUCGUCAUCUGCCAGAGAUCAGUCUGAGAAGAGGAGGCGUGGUCGACCUCGGCUUGGUGAAGCACCCGCUCAUCACUCUCUCAGAAUCUGCUUGGUGGAAGAUUCUCCCUCAGACGUGCUCUCAAAAAGUGUGUUAAUGAAAUCCUCAGUCCAGCACCUGAAGUGUCCUCGAGGACUUCAGGAGCCGGCCUUUCUGGACCUAUUGAAGUCCACCUUCCCUCAACUGACUGGAGACAUCAAAAUGUUUGACGUGUUCAAAUCUGACAGGAGCAGGAAACUCCAGAGGCUCAAAGUGAGGACUCUGACACCAGAGGACAUCUGCAGGACCCUGAAGUCCACUGGGAUUGAAAGAACCCUCCUCUACAUCAAACAGAAG